AUGGAUCUCAUGUUCAGAGGAGAUGAGUUCUAUGUUGUUCCCCAGUUUAAAGUAUAUUUAAGAAGACUGUAUGAACUCCAGCUCCGUCAGACUGUCUACAGAUUUUGUCAGGAAUAUUUAGCUCCAAAAGCACAAGAGAUUGACAAAAAUAAUGAAUUCAAAGAAAGGAAGGAAUUUUGGAAAAAAUUAGGAGAUCUUGGAGUCCUUGGUAUCACAGCUCCCACUGAGUAUGGAGGCUCUGGCAUGUCAUACCUGGAUCAUGUGAUUGUUGUGGAAGAAAUCUCCCGUGCCUCCGGAGCAAUUGGCCUAAGCUAUGGUGCUCAUUCUAACCUAUGUGUCAACCAGCUUGUACGAAACGGCAAUGAGAAGCAGAAAGAAAAGUAUCUGCCAAAGCUGUGUAGUGGUGAACAUAUUGGCGCUCUUGCAAUGUCUGAAGCAAACUCUGGCUCAGAUGUUGUUUCCAUGAGACUGAAGGCUGAAAAGAAAGGUGACUACUAUAUAUUAAAUGGCAACAAAUUCUGGAUCACAAAUGGCCCUCAUGCUGACGUGUUAAUCGUGUAUGCCAAAACUGAUACCAAGGUGAAACCUGCUUCCCAUGGCAUAACAGCAUUCAUUGUAGAAAAGAAUAUGCCAGGAUUUAGCACUGCUCAGAAGCUGGAUAAAUUGGGAAUGAGAGGUUCUGACACAUGUGAGCUCAUUUUUGAGGACUGCAAAGUGCCAGAGGAGAAUAUUCUUGGACAUCUAAGCAAGGGGGUCUAUGUCCUCAUGAGUGGGCUGGACUUAGAAAGACUGGUGCUUUCUGCUGGACCUCUAGGGAUUAUGCAGGCUGUGCUAGACCAUGCAGUACCAUACAUGCACACCAGAGAAGCAUUUGGAAAGAAGAUUGGUCAUUUCCAGCUUCUUCAAGGCAAAAUGGCUGACAUGUACACACGGUUAACAUCCUGCAGACAGUAUGUAUAUAAUGUGGCAAAGGCCUGUGACAAGGGGCAUUACAGUGCAAAGGAUUGUGCUGGUGUCAUCUUGUAUGCAGCAGAAACAGCAACACAGGUUGCCUUGGAUGGAAUUCAAUGUUUAGGUGGAAAUGGCUACAUUAAUGACUACCCCAUGGGCCGCUUCCUCCGUGAUGCUAAGCUAUAUGAGAUUGGUGCAGGAACAAGUGAGAUCCGCAGAAUGGUCAUUGGCCGAGCAUUCAAUGAAAUGUACACUUGAGUAAGAACUGGUGUGAUUGGGCUAGGAACAUCAUGGAUUAAAACCCAGAACAGCAUCAGCUUUUCAGAACACUUUUGUAAUAAACUGUGAUUGUUACCUGAUGGUAACAUGAGGUAUUUAAUAGGAAUUGGUGGAUUUCAUUUUCACUGAACAUUGUUGCAGCUGUUGGCUGAAUCAAACUUCUAUAGCAUAUGGCCAACAGAUCCAUGCAUUGAAGGUAGACAUUUCCAGUGAUUAUAGAUCUGUGUGUAUUACAGCAAGAAAAACUGAUUAAAGAGAAUUUACAAUGAGUUUUUUGAUCUGCAUUUAAAAUAGUAUUGAUUAAAAUGUAUUUAGGUUGCUACUUAUUUGUACUGGGAGAAAGUGUAAAAUAAAAAAAGAUCUAAAGAAGUAAA